GGUCUGACUGUGGGACUAGAACAGAUCUGACUGUAGACUAGAACAGGUCUGACUGUGGACUAGAACAGGUCUGACUGUAGGACUGGAACAGGUCUGACUGUAGACUAGAACAGGUCUGACUGUGGGACUGGAACAGGUCUGACUGUGGGACUGGAACAGGUCUGACUGUGGACUAGAACAGGUCUGACUGUAGGACUGGAACAGGUCUGACUGUAGACUAGAACAGGUCUGACUGUGGGACUGGAACAGGUCUGACUGUGGGACUGGAACAGGUCUGACUGUGGACUAGAACAGGUCUGACUGUAGGACUGGAACAGGUCUGACUGUGGGACUGGAACAGGUCUGACUGUGGACUAGAACAGGUCUGACUGUGGGACUGGAACAGGUCUGACUGUGGGACUGGAACAGGUCUGACUGUGGGACUAGAACAGAUCUGACUGUUGGAGUAGAACAGGUCUGACUGUGGGACUGGAACAGGUCUGACUGUGGGACUGGAACAGGUCUGACUGUGGGACUGGAACAGGUCUGACUGUGGACUAGAACAGGUCUGACUGUGGGACUGGAACAGGUCUGACUGUGGGACUGGAACAGGUCUGACUGUGGGACUAGAACAGAUCUGACUGUUGGAGUAGAGCAGGUCUGACUGGGACUAAAGCAGGUGCGACUGUGGGACUGGAACAGGUCUGACUGUUGGACUAGAGCAGGUGCGACUGUGGGACUGAGACCUGCACAUGGACUCAGCAGGACUGCCCAGCCUACCUCUCGUCUCGGUUUUGUCUCUGUUAGCAUGUAGCCUCCAGCUGCUAGCUGCUGGAAUUCUUACUCGCAGGUAUGGUGGACGGAGUUCCCCAAUGGACAAGUGGAUUUUGCUGUGGCUCUUUUAUGAUGUCAUUGUCCAUGUGACUCUAGAGGGACCUUUUGUUUACAUGUCUCUCGUUGGGACAGUAGAAACGUCUGAAGGUCCUCUGGCAGAGUUAUGGAAGGAGUACAGUAAAGCAGACAGCCGCUGGCUAGUUUCUGAUCCAACCAUCGUCUCCGUGGAGAUUCUGACCGUCGUCCUCGACUCUCUCCUCGCUCUGCUACUGAUACAUGCAAUACUCAACAAAAAGUACUACAGACACUUCCUGCAGGUUGCUCUGAGCGUGUGCGAGUUGUACGGCGGCUGGAUGACCUUCUGUCCUGAAUGGCUGACGGGCAGUCCUCACCUGAACACCUCCAGCUGGCUCCACCUGUGGCUCUACCUGGCCUUCUUUAAUGGGCUCUGGGUGUUGGUUCCAGUGCUGUUGCUGCUCCAGUCUUGGCUAUCUCUUAAGAGUCUUACCCCCCCUCCUACCAGCAGAAAGAAGCUGUAGACGUGGAUGAAGCUGCAGGUGGUAACUCUCUGUCUGCAUGUUAAACUGCUCCAUGUUCAUGUCGGGGUGAAGAAGUCAAAUCACAAACUGAUUUCAAGUGAAAUUUAAUCAUCACCAUCAGAAGUGUCCAUCAUCACAGCCUGUGUUUAAAUCCAAUUUUAUAAAUAAAAUCUGGUGAACAAAACAUUCCUAUUGUCCAGUCCUGCAGACCUGCCCCAGAUCCUCCUCUUCCCCCUUUCAGCUCUUCUUGAUCAUCUUGCUGACGGACAUGAAGGCCUGCUGUAGACCUAGUCCCUUCAGACCACUGCAGGCCUGGAUCUCCCACUCUCUGUCUGGGGAGUAACUGGGAAGGUCCAGCUGGGUGGACACCUGAAGGGUGGACACAGAGAAGAAGAUGACACUAGGAAGGGUGGGGGUCGGGGUAGGCGUUCAUAUAAUUCAUAUAACAUCUGCAAAACAAACAUCUUGUUCCAAAAAUACUUACGUUAAAAAAAAUCUGUUUCACAAUAACUGAACCAAAAUACUUCAAGUGUCACUUUUCACAUGACUCCUGGGGUCUUCAUUGCUUAAUUCACUCAUUUGAAAGCAGACAUGGAUGAAUUAUCAAGUAAACUGUUUAAUACACAUUAUUGUUGAUAGUUAAGACAUGCUGUCAUUCUCUCUGCUCUACUGCUCCAUCAAACCUUUGUCAUGGCCUCAGACAAGAAUCUUGUGUCUGUUCUAGUCUUGUCCGAUCUCAGUGCUGCUUUUGACACCGCUGAUCACAAUGUUCUUGUAGAAAGGCUUGAACAUGUUGUAGGGAUCAAAGGAACAGCGCUAGGCUGGUUUAAAUCCUACCUGUCUGACAGAUUUAAUUUUGUUAAUGUACAUGACAAAUCAUCUUCAUAGUCCAGGGUUACUUGUGUAGUACCACAGGGUUCGGUGCUUGGACCAAUUCUUUUUACUAUACAUAUUGUGGUGGCCCUGACACUGAUUGGCCGGCAAGGCCGCAUUGCACUCUGGGGGGACGGUAAAUUGGGGUUGUUUAAUCAGUUUGUGGUGUUCUGAGGUUUAUUUUGUUCGGGGUUAUAUUAGUGUUGUUUGUUUCAGUUUGGAGUUCACACUGUGUUGUUCUUAUCCGGUGCCUGUUGGCACCGUGAGUUAAUUGUAUGUGAGGGGGGAUGAAAAGGGGAGCCAUCCGGCGAUUAAAAAUAUUCUAUGUCUGCUA